GAUUAUUUUAAUUGAGUCUUUUUUUAUUUAUUUAUUUGUAAGGGCAAAUCGAUAUAGGCUUCUCAUGGUGUAACCGUGUAAGCAUCUACCUCACAGACAUGGCUGCGAGGGCGGGGAAGUCGCAGGAGAUGGAUCCCGGAAUAUGGGGCCACUUGCCGGUGGAGCUUCUGGAACAUGUGCUAUCUUUUCUCCCUCUCAAAAGCUUCUUCAAUCUCCUAUGUACCUGUAAACGCUUCAAAUCUUUAAUUUACUCUCCUUCAUUCCUGGCCAAGUAUUCUCCUUCUUCUUCUUCUUCUUCUUCUUCACCCGCUCUCUCAUCUUUUCUCUUACUUUCUCAUCCACAGUUCUACCGCCACCGACUCCCUCUCUAUGACUCAGCCAUUGGCAACUGGCGCAAUUUAUCUCUCACCUGCUCUAUUCUCUUACCCUACGCCGCCACCACCGCGAUCACGCUGCUCUCCGCCGCCAAUGGACUCCUCUGCUUCUCUUUACCCAACUCAUCUUCUUUCCUGGUCUGCAAUCUCUUGGUAGGAUCCUCCAGAGUCCUCCAAUUCCCUGGAUACCCUUUUGCCUUUGAAAUGCUGACCUUGGUUCCUGCCCCGGAUGGGUACAAGAUCUUCAUGAUCGCUUCUGGGUCCUCUUCCAACAACGCUUGGGUGUAUGAUUCCGGGGUUCAUUCAUGGCGAGAAUUCCAGGGUUUCGAUCCGACUUUGAGCGACAAUUGUCAUCAAGGAGUUUACUGUAAUGGGGUUCUGUAUUUUUGUACGUCUGAGCCGUUUUCCAUAGUGUGUUUUGAUUUGGAGAGUGGGGUGUGGGACAGAUCGGUUGUGGAGUUGCCGGGGGAGCUGACGUUUGUGAAAUUAGUGAGCGAUGGAGAAGGGAAGCUGUAUUUGGUUGGUGGGAUUGGGAGGAAUGGGAUUUCCAAAAGUAUGAAAUUGUGGGAAUUGGAAGGAGAGAAUUGGGUGCUGGUGGAGAGUCUGCCGGAAUUCAUGUGCCAAAAAUUGGUUUCCGUGUGUUAUCACAAUUACGAGCAUGUGUAUUGCUUUUGGCACCAGGAGACGAUCUGUGUAUGCUGCUAUACUUGGCCCGAGAUUUUGUAUUACAAGGUCGCUAGGAGGACUUGGCAUUGGCUGCCUAAAUGCCCUUCAUUGCCUGACAAAUGGAGCUGUGGUUUCAGGUGGUUUUCUUUUGUUCCAGAAUUAUAUGCGCAAGUUUGAUUGCUUUUUUCCUUUUUAUUUUCUUUCUUCUUCAUACCUCAACUUCUGUGUGGCCCCCCUCUCCACCCUUUUCUGGAACAAUGUCAUAUAACUUUUUGAAUGGAUUUUUUCCCAAACUCUUAGAUCCUAUUAGUAGGCUAUAGAGAUUUCUGUUUUCAUUGUUACUUAUGAUUCAAUGGUCGUUGAUAUGCUUGUUUUUUAA